AUAAUUAUUGAGCAAGAGAAACAAUGGAAAAUAGAUUUAAUGAUGAGUCUCCUUAUACAUGUUCUAAAGUCAAAACUUUAGAUACAACUAAAGAGUUCAUUGGAAGGAAAAAUUUAUUCAUCAGCAGCCCUCAAAAAUUUUAAUGGGAUCAAUAUUUUGAGCACUGGCAUUUCCUUCAACAAGAGCAAGAGACCUAAGGAUAAACCUAAGAGGCCUUUAUUAAAGAGUUUAGAGAACUGAGCAUCUUCCUCGGAAACUUUGAAAGAAGCUUCCUCCACUUUGGUGUUAAAUGGUUUUAACUCUUGAGAGCCAUUUCAGUUAUCCGAAGAGAAGAUCAGCCGAAUGCUGAAGAUCAACACCAAAACUAUGUCAAACAGUGAGGUGGAAAGGAGGAAAAAUAUGUAUCAAAACUUGUUCUCUUCAAAUUAUGACAAUGGGAGGAGCACAAAAGUUGUUAGGCGAUACCUCCAGAAAUCCAAGAGCGAGUAUCCUCAAAUGAAGCCAAAGCAGCCUCAGGAUACUUAUUAUACUGACAAAAGGAGUAUGAACUCUAGUCAGAUCUAUAAAUCUGCUAGAAGUGCAAUUGCCGAUGUGAAACUUAAGAAUAGCAGAAAUCUCCAUAUUAGUUUUGAGAAUUAUGAGAAUCGAAAUAAUGCAUGAUAUCUUCAAAGAAAAAUGUCUAAUCAUUCAGAACAUAGUGCAUUGAAUAUUUCAGGUCCUGUGAAAUCACUUCCUUCAAUGUGGGAUAGGAAAUAUGAUGCUAAAAAGGAUAGGAUAAAGCUACUAAGAAAAAAGAAAAUUAAGAAAAGAAUAUCAUUAGACAAAGAAGAUGGACGAUAUUUAAACACUUCUUUACCUCUUCUAUCUUCUUCAAAGCCAAAGAAAAGAGAUAUGGAAACUUUCGUGUGCGGUUUUUUGAAAAAUUUCGGUAAACCAAAAUACAAAUAAAAUGAAACUUUCAAAACCCACCAACCCCAAAAAGAAGGGAUAUCUUGCUCAAAUAAACUCAGGGAUCCUAAAACGGUACAAAAUAUCCCAAAAAUCCCAUAAAAUCCCAUAAAAUCCCAUAAAACCCCCAUAAAACCCCAUAACCCCAUUCCCUCCUAAUCCCUCUUCAAAUCUCUCUUUCUCUCCCCAUCCUUCAGUUACCUUAUCCAACUUCCUUAAGGGAUUUUACAAUUUUCUUUAAUAAUAAUACUCUUAUUUAUCAGAGGGCUUAUUAAGAAUUAUUCGGAGGUGGGAGAGGUAUGAGCUGGGCUGGGCUUUGAGGAGAUAGUAAGGUUUUUUAGGCGAGGAAGUUUUGGGUAUGUGGUAAUACUUUGAGCGUGGGAUUUGUAUAUAAAUGUGCAUAAAAUCACUCAGCGAUUUGUUGUGUUGUAUUCAAUUGACUUAUUUAGGUUUCUGAAAGUUUUCAAUCUCUUAAGAUCAAAUUGGGGUUUUGGGGUUUUGG